CACAGAAAUUUUCUGCCUCCACCAACUCUCAUGGUUAUUAAAGACUAUGUGAAAGCAUGGGAGGGAUGUUUGGUUGGAAGAGUUCACUCGUACCGUGCAUGUCUUAAUCAAGCAAGGGUCAUGGCCAAACCAACAUCACCCUCCUCACUCACUUCUACGUGGUCGAGUAGGCUGGAGAUCACCAUUUUCAUUCCCAUAAAGGCUGUCAACUACACAUUGAGGAUUAUUGGUGGACCCAUUGAUUACGUGUUCUUUCACAUAACUCAAUUCAACAAUUUUGACGUGUACGACCAUCUGAUGAGUAAAAGUUUGUGUGCAAAAAUUGAACUCCCUUCGCAUAUUAUAAUCUUAUCUACAACAGAAAGCAAACAUCAUUUCUUAGGAAUAAUUUUUCCAAGGGAUACAAUAUUUGUUGAACCUGUAUAAAGAUGGUCCUAAAGUUGCAUGUUGUAAGCCAUAAGGGCAUGAAACCAGAGGGAAGAGAAAGAGAUCAAUCAUGAGA